CACGUCUCCGUUGUUGACAUCCAUCGACCAUGACCGACAUGUUCGACAACGAGCAUAAGGAGGACGACCGCGCUGCCGCGUCGGCGGCCCUCUCCAACCUAUUCAGCAGCGAACAAGGAUACAGCAUCGAGCUGGGAUCCUUCCCGGAGGGCGAGGCUGCUGAGUCGCGCGUGGCGACACCAUCCGCCUCCAAGCCCGAGACGCUGGCCUCGGCAUCCCCGGCCAUGCAAGUGGACAUGGAGACGGGCUUGGAUCCCGCGCUCGCCGAGCCGAUGGCAGAGCCGCUUUCCGAGCCGCUCGGCGAGAUGGCCCAGCCGCUCGAGCCACUCGAGCCGCUCCCGAUGCCCGGCGACCCACCGCGCCCCAAGCGCCCCGGCACAUCAAGGCAGCACAUGCUGACGCGCGGGGGCGCGUGCGAGUUCUGCAAGCGCCGCAAGCUCAAGUGCACGGCCGAGAUGCCGCAGUGCGCCGCGUGCCGCCGCUCGAACCGCGAGUGCGUGUACUCGCAGAAGAAGCAGCGCAGUCGCAUGAAGCUGCUCGAGGAUAAGGUGAACGAGCUCGAGAGCCGGCUCGCGUCGGGCCCAGCGGCCCCGGCUCCGCCGCGCCCCGAGAUGCCGCCGCACGACGGGCUGUUCACGGCACAGGGCGUGCAGGCGCACGCGAUGCAGCACGAGGCGCCGAGCGCGGGCGUGGAGCUCGCAUUCCUCGGCCUCGGCGAGCACUCGUCGCUCACGCUCGCGGACAUGAGCCUCACGCCGGGCGGAAAGCACAAUGAGGAGCCCGACCUCAUGACUCUCGCGGACGUUGCUGCUGCCGACACUGACGGCCGCAUGCCGUGGGAUGGAAUGGAGCCGCAGGCGAUCGCGGACGAGAUUGUCAAAGCUAUCAUCGGGCACGAGCGUGGCGGCGUCGGCGAGAAGAUCUGCGCGCACCUGAUCCAGAUGUUCGUUAGCCAGCCCCAGUCUAACCUCGUGCACUGGCUCAUCUCGCCAUCUUACCUCUGGGCACGCCUCACCGGCCGUGGCGGCUCGCAACCCCACCCGGCGUUCCUCCUCGCACUCAUGCCCAUCCUUCUCCCCUUCUCCCCAAACCCCAUGCUGUCUCACCACAAGACGAUCUCCGUCGUGACGGACACGGUGUGUGUACCUUCCCGCGCGCUGCAGCAGCAGGCACUUUCCACACUCGACUCUCGUGUCCUCGACCUCGUAUGCGCAGCCACGCUGCGUUCCCUCGCUCUGUCAAGCGCGGGCCGCUUCGUAGACGGAUGGAACGAGAAUUCCACCGCCUGCUCCCUUCUCUGGGCAACCGGGCUCGGCAAGCUUGGAGGUGUCGGCGAAAUGUUUGUCGCGCCUGAAAAACGGCCCGCCGACCGGGCCAUUCGUGUACAGCGCGAGCUGCGCUCCCGCCGUGUGCGUGCCAAAGGACAGAUUGUGCCACCGCCCAGCGAUGCUCAAGACGUUGCCGAGCGUAUUCGUCUUUUCUGGUCAGUGUGGAUCAAUGACUGCGUCAAUGGCAUCGGGUGGAACUGGCCGUGUGACAUUGCGCUAGAGGAAACGACCACACCCCUUCCGCGCGAUAGCUACGACACCGACGAGGAUCUGUGUGACAAUACCACACUGCACGACUUCCUGUCUGAGCGUGUGCACAGCUCGCCGAAAGAUGGCCGGUUCGCAACUCUGGUCAAAUGCCUCGCGCUCGCGUACGCGGCAUCACGUCAGCUCGACCGGGCACCUUCCGUCGCGACGCCAGACACGACAGCACGCCUCCUGCGCAUAUGCCGACGCCACAUGACAACGCUGCGGCCAUUCAAUCCCACGUCAGCCGAGGAGGCCAAGCAGCAAGGCCCCGAUAACCAGAACUGGAUGGCCAUGUACACUGCGCUCAUGCUGCUGUACGCCAAGGAGGAACUGGACGCCCCCUCGCCAGCAGAGGAAGCUGAAGCGCGGGACAAGAUGAUUGAGGCGGGGAUGAAUGCGACACGGUGUAUUCAAACGGCCAUUGACGCAGGCGACACUGAACUCGAAGGCUAUGACGUGGUUGCGCCCAACUUUUGGUUCGUCGUCGGACGGGCGCUGCACCACGCCGCGAACCGAAUCGAGGCGAGCGAGCCUCUUCGUGCUGCCGAGUUGCGCGAGCGCGUCCGUUUGAACGUGACUGCCACGGGCACCUGCACCCGUGCAAAACACUCAAGCUGAACGACGUGUACUACCAGAUGAUGUUCAAUGUCAGCAUGGACCAGGAGGUCAUGCUGGGCGAGUAUCGGCGUCCGGACAACAUGGACUUUGAGCCGCCGCAUCGCGCGGGCGCCGCGUUUUGAGCCAUUAAUGUUUUUAGCCUCAUGCGAUGAAUGCGCGCGUGCGAAUUGGCUGACGCCAACGCCGUCAACACACCGGGCCUGAUGGAAGUCUGUGCCU